CCCGCGCAGGUCAGUUUCUCGUUGGCACCCGGGAACUUCGCAACCCGUUAAGUCAGUAUCAGCAGUGAUGUUAUCGCCGUCGUUGUUUGCUCUGUUGGUCUUCGCCGCAAGUCUUCAAGUUCAAGGUCAGCGGAUUUCCCAGCGAAAAUGUGCAGAGUUCAAGGAGGAAACUAAACUGCUGAGCACCGGUAUCGCGUUAACGCUGGAUCCCGAUCCGAUCGUGUUCGAGUCGUUCAACUGCACCAAGUCGGUGGAUUUGAUCGUCGGUGGGGAGGAUGCCAAGGCUGGAGAGUUCCCCCACCAGGUGUUGCUGGGUUGGAAGGUAGACCGAAACGGAACCCUGGUGAAUGACUUCAAGUGUGGAGGGUCGUUAAUUAGCGAGCGGUUCGUGCUGACCGCAGCGCACUGCCUGAAGUACGGAAGUCCGCAGAUCGUGCGGCUGGGCGAGCUUGACUUGACGAUCGAGUCGGACGAAGAGUUUGACGUGGGCAUCGAGUACAUCCGGAGGCACCCGGAGCAUCGGUUCAAGUCUUCAUACCACGACAUCGCCCUCGUCAAGCUGAACCAAACGAUUCCAUUCUCGCACUUUGUUCGGCCAGCUUGUCUGUGGGACACGAUCGCGAUGAACGUAACGGCGGUGAUCGCAACCGGUUUUGGAAACACCGAGUUCGAAGGUGAGAAGAUGUCCGACACUCUGCGCAAGGUGCAGCUGGAUCUCCUGAGCCGUAGUGAGUGCGAAAAGCAAUAUCUGGGCACGCGCAACUUCGAUGCCGGUGUUCAGGACAGUCAGCUGUGCAUCGGAAGUGAACGAGAGGGACGGGACGCCUGCCAGGGUGAUUCCGGUGGGCCGGUGCAGGUCAUUACGGAACCCAAGGGUUGUACCUACCAUGUGUUGGGAGUUACGUCGACGGGAGCAGCUUGUGGUAUCGGACGAUCGCCGUCGAUUUACACGAGGGUGGCUAGCUAUAUUGAAUGGAUCGAGAAGGAGGUGUGGGGGUGAUCUCCAAUAUUAGAACAAUAACACGAAUAAGAUAUUAAUUAUUUCAGGAAGUUA